UGUUAUGUGUCAGUGUAUAAAACAAAUAAUUAACAAUUUAGUUACGAAUUAAACGUUUAAACGGAAUGGUUGUUUGUGUAAAAGUUCCAAUGAGAUCUACACAAUUUCUAGUGGAGUUGGAUGAUGUUGGAUUGAUUCAUAUUUUUGGACUUGGAAUUAGUUCCGAUAGUUCGAUAAAGUGAUAAGUUCUAUUGCACAAGAUUCUGGAACAACAAAAAUCUUUUGGGAUCUGCCGCCUUAUCAGUUCUGGAAUCGGGGAAGUCAGACAUAUGCACUCGGGAAAAUGACUGAGUUUACGGCCAAAAUAAUUCUUACAGACAUUGAGGGGACUACAACAUCAAUUAGCUUCGUAAAGGAUAAACUCUUUCCAUAUGCCAAGGAAAACACCAAAGACUAUUUGAAAGAGACAUGGCUUAGCAAUGAAACUAACGAAAUAGUUCGAGAACUAUUGGAUCUACCGGAAUUUGAAGCAUACACGAAAGAAGUGUCCAAAGUGGCCAAUGAAUCCCUUGAUGUCUCCACCGUAGAUGCAUUUGUUAAAUAUUUAAUUGAUAAAGAUUUGAAGUUGGGACCGUUGAAGAGACUGCAGGGAUUAGUGUGGGAAAAGGGUUAUGAAAGCGGUGACCUCAAAGGCCAUGUUUACCCCGAUGUACCGGAAGCAUUUAAACGUUGGACUGAAGCUGGUCUUCGUUUGGCCAUUUACUCUAGUGGCAGCAUAAAGGCACAACAACUUUUGUUUGGUCAAACCGAGUUGGGUAAUCUCUUGCCGUAUAUUUCAGGGCACUUUGAUACAACAAGUGGCCACAAACAAGAACAACAAUCGUAUGUUAACAUAGCCAAGGCUCUGGGAGAAGACCCGUGCAAUAUUUUGUUUUUAACCGAUGUUGUUAAAGAAGCGGAAGCUGCUCGCAAGGCCGGCUAUCAGACUGCCAUACUCGCCAGACCUGGUAAUGCUCCUUUGACGGAUGAUGAUAAAACGCAAUAUACUGUUGUGUCUGAUUUUGAAUCUCUUGCAAUAAGUUUGAAACAAACCACGUGAUAAUAAAAUAUACUGUUAACAUCUAA